AUACUACUACUACUAGUACUACUUUAGUUUAGUUGGUAUUUUUGGUGUUUCUCUGUAAAAAGUCAGGUUAUUUUAAUCGAUCCAUGGAUUAAACUCCUGAUUCACAUAUUGAUAUAUAAAGACACUGUUUCCCAGUUUUUGCAUGAGCUCCCCCUGCAGGUGGAGCUUUGUCAGUGCAGUUUGGAUCAGACACAGAGAUACAGAAUAUUUGGAGCUUUUGUCAUGUCUCCGUUUUAGUAUUUUAAAAUAUCUCAAUUGCUUUCACUUGGUUUUGUUGCCCCAUUAAUCAUUACAUAGAAGCUACUGACUUGAAUUUAGAUUCAAGGGUCAUUACGUUUGUUGUUUCUUCAUCACAAACAGACCUGGAGUUAUGUUUGUUUUUUUCUUUCACACGUUAAACACACACAUCCUGGAUAUUUAGGCUGAGUUCUUCUCUCAAAUUGAAAACACUCUGUUGAUCAUUUGGAUCAUUUCAGCUCUGGAAUUCCUGUCAUUGAAGUAAAAUUAAAAGGUCCUAAGGUGGAACAGAGCAUCUGGAGCUUUGGAGAUGUAGACAGACUAAUAAUAAAGAUUUACUCAAACAUGUGAAUGAAACAAAACACAACUCCAGAAAUGUUUCUGAGGAGGUUGUAUGGCUUAAAGCUCACCACAGGCAAUUUUAAGUACUAUAGAACCUUAAAAAAAAUAAAUAAAAAAUCUGCUUAAUUUUCAUGUUUUUACAGAAACACAGGAGACGACACCCCCGACCUCUGCACAGAUGAGAUACAUUCUUCUUCACAACGGGAUCCCCUUCGUUGGUUUUGGAUUUCUGGACAACGCCAUCAUGAUCGCAGCUGGCACGCAGAUUGAAUUGUCCAUUGGAGUGACUCUGGGAAUCUCCACUAUGGCAGCUGCGGCUCUGGGGAACCUGGUGUCUGACCUGGCUGGACUCGGUCUGGCCGGGUACGUCGAGGCGCUGGCUUCCAGAUUGGGGAUGCAGGGUCCAGAGCUGACCCCCAAACAGGCGGACAUGUGGCAGACGCGACUCAGCGCUCACCUGGGCAAAGCCAUUGGCAUUUGCAUCGGCUGCCUUCUGGGAAUGUUCCCUCUGCUCUUCAUCAGUGAAGACGAGGAAGACGACAAGAAGUCUCACUCCUCCGACAACAACGGAACCCAAUGAGCUGUCAACCAAUCACAGGGCACCGUUCAAGAAGUCUCACUCGAACGAGCCAAUCACAGGGCACCGUUCAACACUACAGCUGCUGCUAUUGGUCAACACCCUCAAGCCUUUCAACCAAUCAGAGCACAAGAUCCAAGACACUAUUGGCCAGCACUCCAUUUGAACCAAUCAGGACGCAGAAUCAGACUUUAUUGUCUUGUGGGUCAAAACGACCAAUCAGAAAACAAGAUCCAGCACUACAGUUCACAUGGAGCCAACCUCUUGGUGCAUUUCAGAUUCAGGAGGUAAAAUUUGUCUCAUCUAAAAAAUCUAAACAUCAAGAGUCUGAAGGCGUGAAAGUUAAACAUCUGUGAGGUUACCCAUAGCAACAAAAAAAGGCCGAGUUACAGUAAUAUUUCAGAUUUUUAUUUAUUAAAAAUUUACAACAAAACAUUAGUGAACCCCUGUAUGAGCUGAAAGUGAGAUUGUCUGACACUUAAAGAGAGGGGAUUGAGCAAAACCAUUUUUUUUAGAUUAUAAGAUUCCCUCAUCAAAAACAUGUCUGAAGAGGUUUUAGGUGUCAUCUGUUUGAGUAAUCUAGUGAUCUCUCCUCAAACACUCCUUACUGUUAGCAGAACAAUCCUGUACAAGGCUCCGCCCACAAGUCUACAUCACCCAUGCUCCCACACGACUGUUCUCCAUAAAUACACAGAUUCAUUAGCAGGAUGCAUGUUGAUUGUGUUGUGAUAGUGAUGUGAAGGGGGAGCAACUUAGCACGGAGAGACAGAGGAAGGAGAGACUUGACUUUUGUUUAAGCCAAAAUUAAAUAAUAAUACUUUGUUUUGAGAGAAUAUAGCAUUUUCGAAAAAAUAAAAGGUAACAUGGUGAUCUAAUAUGUUCAUGUUACAGUUAAGAGCCCAGAGAAGUCCAAUACUCCCUCUUUAAGUUUAAAUGAAUCACUCAAAAUCCAGCUCUGAGUCACUGACAAGGGACAACUUUUUAUAAGUCAGUUUAAAAUAUUGUGUUUUUUUUCUAUGGGAAAAAAAGUUAUGGAAAUUUGACUUGAAUCAGAAAAAUAUGCUCACUGCUGCACUUCAUUGGUCAACGCUGAAUCCUUUGUCCAACCACCACAUGGGAGACGGGCAGACAAAUUUUCAGCCAAUCACAAAGACUGUUCCUCUUCUUAUUGGUCAAAUAGAAGUAUUGAAGUACUGGGUGUGUUUAAGAUGUGCAAAACGGUCAAGGCGACAAAAAGCAACUGCAGCAGCCUUCACCUGCUUUCAUGAACUACAAACCCUAAAGGCAUGAUGGGAAAUGCACAUGUGCCUAACAGCUGAAUGGAUCUGAUAAAAAUGUGACGCAAACCCCGUUCUUACGUUCUUCUACUUUUAUACAACACAGAUGCUUCAAAUGAGACUGAAGAGCUGCAGGUGCCUGAGCGUGUGAACUUCUUCGUGAGCUCUGUGUUCUUUGCUCUGGGGAUGUGCGCUCCGUCCGUCCUUGUGGGGGAAACAGGAGUAUGGUGGCUGGAGGAGGAUGGAGUUCUAUCCUGAUCUGUCCUGUCAGCAGGACUCUGUGUGAGCUGAGGCACUGGCUGUUCUCGCGCUCGUGGACUGUCUGAACCAUAGACUGUAUAAAGAGAAUAUACAGUUAUAUACACAGUCAUAUACACAGUCCUAUGUGCAGUCAUGCACAGUUAUAUGCAGCCAUAUACAGUUUUAUAUAAACUUUUAUGUACACAGCCAUAUACAGUCAAACAUUCAUAUACACAGUUUUAUACACAGUUAUAUACUGCCAUAUACAAAGUCAUAUAUAUACUCAUACACCCUCAUACACAGCCAUACACAGCUAUAUACAGUCAUAUACACAGUUUUAUACACAGACAUAUAUAUACUCAUACACCUAUACGGUCAUAUUUACACACUCAUAUACGAUCUAUGGCAGGGGUGUCCAAACUUUUUUCAUCAAGGGCCACAUAUCUAAACACAGAUGAAACAGAGGUCUGAUCGAGGGCCACAGACUGAUGCUCAGUACAGUGAAUAAUUGAAAUAUGUGCAUGUUUAAACAUCCUUAAAACCACACACUAAAUAUGAAAUAUUAGCUUCAUCAAGGCAGAUUUUCAAAAAAUUUGCAGUGAAAAUAUUUUUUUAAUUGAUGCAAGGUAAUUUGGGCCAAUUCUCCUGGAAGUCUGAGGGCCAAGAAAAACUUGUCUGAGGGCUGCAUUUGGCCCCCGGGCCAAAGUUUGGACAUGCCUGAUCUAUGGUUUUUAUAAAGAGUAUACACAGUCAUAUAUACAGUCAUAUACACAGUUAUAUACAAAGUCAUAUACAGCCUAUGGUUCAAGGCGAUUAGAGUCUUUUCCUCCUCCUCUUGUUGUUGAUCCCGGUGAGGAUGUGGCCGUCUUAAACACACCUAUUGUCUUGUUUCUCAGCAGCGUCUACCUCACGUCAAAGUUUUACACAUUUUAAAGAAAUGCACAAAAACACAAAGCUGUUGUUUACCACGGACACAUCAACCAAAGAGAGACACCCUGCUGGAGUCUGUCUGAAAACUAAAGACAUGGUCUGGACAAUGUGGGACUAAACUGGAUUCAACUGGACUCAACUGGACAGAGGUGAUAAGAGAGAAUUAUAUAUGUAGUACAAUUUUUUUAGAUCAAAAUUUUGGAGACGUGAAGGAGCCCAAACCAAAAAGUCGAUCUCUCUGAAGAGCACAAUAACUGAAGACAAAGUGCAUUUGACAGAUUCAUGUUUGUCUAAUUCUGACUUGGUUUGGUGGACAGUACCUGUGCCUGAUAUGGAUCAUAAUUUUACAUCAGUUAAGUCAGUUUGUGGGAAAAAGUUGAGAACAAAAGUACAAAAAUACAGGAAGUAGGUCUGAGUGGUAAAACAGAAUCCCUCUGCCUAUGUCACCAACACAGAAAACUUCAUCCAAAAUAGAGUUUAUGCACAAGGAAGGACUUUCUCUGACAGUUUAAACCUUCAUUUAACUAAAUAAAGGUGAUGUCAUUUAUUUCCAUAAGUCUAAUCAUAACUAUUGUGUAAUUUAGACCCAUUUUGGCCUUUGUUUAUAUUAUGCUUGCUAUAGAAUUGUUAUAGAAUUACCUCGACGUAUGUCACAUGUGCUGCUGUGUCCAACCAUCCAACCUUCACCGAAAUGUCAAUAGAACAAACCAGGCAAAGUUUUUUGUAAUGAUGUUUUUGAUUUUGUAAUAAUGAUGUUAACUUUGUUUUAGAGAAAUGUAUUUAACCUUUCAUAUGCACAAUAUGUAAGAUUUAGAUUUUAAAUGUCAUAAACCUGACCUCUCUUGUCCUCAGAUAUGUUCAAAUCAAAUUGUAAUCCUGACUUAUUCUUAAUGAGAAAAGCACAGGACACGAUGUCAUUUAUUUAUGUUUUAAUUGUGUGUUUUAGUCUGAAAAAAACAAUUGAGUCAGAAUGAGCCUCACAUGACUCUCUCAUUUGGGUUGCCAAGUUCAAUGCUGAAAUCCAGUGUGUUUAAACCUAAAAUGCUUCUCUCUGAUCUGAUGGCCGUUCCCUAAACCCGAGCACUUGCACCAGCCUGAGUCAGUGCUAGUGCAGCCUCUGCAGCUCAGGGAGGGAAUUCUGGAGGUUGUGAGCUUCACAUGAGACCUCAACAUAAUCUGAGAAUGAGACAAACUUGGAUGUGUCUCUAUCUGCAGGUGAAGACUCUGGAGACACAGGCUCCGAUGUGAUUGUAGUAACUUUUAAACAGUAAGAGGAGGACACAGCUCCUUUAAUCAUAAAUAUCUUUUCAGACAGAUUUUUACACACAGAACCUACAGAAAGACAUAUCUUUGAGCCAAAGUUCAGGGUGUGGCUGCUGCUUAUCUGCUGCUCCACUCCGCUUUAGACUGACUACACUGCUCUAACCAAAAGUGGAAAUGAGCUGAACCAGCACAAACCUGCACACAUUAAAUAUAAUCAUGUGAUCUCUCAGCUUUACACUCCUGCACAUUUCAUCAGAACUGAUCCGGAGCAGUUCAUCACAUUUGGAUUGAGAAGGACACUCAGUCCUGUCCAAUGGUCAGUGUGACUUUACAGCCAAUCCUUCAUCAGGAAAGACUGGUUUGGAGCAGACGCACGAUGAAGGAGGAAGAAACUCAACUAUUUUUGUUGAAGUGCCUUUCCUCAGAGCCUCUGCUUUGGCACAAUCAAUCAUAGUUUCGACACCCUCCUAAAGUACCCUAUAGCUACACCAACAAGACAAACCCUUAUGUUUUUUUUUUGUGUGUUCAGACUCUUGAGAAUCUUGUUCGGCUCUGGCUGAAGUAUUAACAUGUGACUGGUCCAAGACUGACCAAUCAUGUUGCAGCACUGUGCUUUGUGCAGAAGUCAGCAUUGAAUAAACCAAAAUAAACCUGGAGAUGCAGACAGAUGUACUUUGACCUAUUUGCAAAGAAAUAUGGACUGUUUAGUUUGUGAGAAACCUGUGGAGGGAAAGAUGUCUGUGCUUUUCUGAAACUGAAUUUAAUUAAAGUUAGACUUUUUCAUCUUGCUCUACUGUUGUGACCAAUCAGAGUCAAGUAUUUGUAUGAACGCUGUGGUCGUUGGUUCUGAUCUUUCAGUGAGAGCGUCCCAGACUGAUGAGGACUCUGUUCAGAGGGACACACUGAGUCUGAGAGUCUGGAUCUGAAUAAUGGUGCAUGUUUUUUUUUCUCACAAUUUUCAGGAAACAAAAAACUGAACCAAUUGAAACCUGUACAACAUGUGAUCAUACGAAUAGAAGAGAAGUGAUACACAACACUUCAGUCAGCUGUGCAACUCAAAACCCAGCCUUUGUAUCUGAGGCCUCACUUUCUCUGACGUGUGGUGCUUAUCUCAGAGGGAGUCCAUUUAGAAGUGUUUUCUGGACACAGAGCAGUGGGCUCAUCUGUAUCCAAUGUGGCUGCCCUCACAGAGCUCUGAUACAUGCAAAAACAAAACAAAAAAAAACACAGAAUGUUAUUUUAGUCCAUUUUGAAGGUUUCAUAACAUGUGCAGCUUGUAUUUUUUGUGUGUUUUUAGAAUGAAGUAAACAGUAUUGAUUUAUUUUGUCUCAGUCCCCCGAGUGGACUCUCUGCUACCCCCAUGUGGACUGUCAUGGAAAUGAAAGUUUAUGUUUGAAAUGUUUGUGUAAGAUUUAUAGCAGUAAAAUGGGUCUGUGCAGUUGACUCUGAAAUGUGUGAUUGGUAAAAAAAAGUUACAUUAAAAUUGUGGAAAUAAU